AAUCUUAUCAAAGCUUAAGCAAGUGGGCAGCCCGAACUCUGCUGGUGUGAUCACCUCUCAUCGCGUUCAAGCUAUAGAUGUCAAGGGCAGAGCAAAUACUGUGCAGCAGCAAGCGAUGCAGCAUUCAAUCAAUUCCACUCUCAAGCACAAUCACACUUCCUGGGAUUCGCAGACUCGAUCGACUUUGAAAUAGCGCGAACUUGGUGAUGCGAUCUCAUAUAUUGGCUGGAGUCUCGUUGGAUUCAGCACCGGAUCGACCAGUCAGUGUACUGAUACUGUCAUCAAUCUCAACUCCAAAAGCAUAGUCGUCACAGCCGCCCAUUGCCUUAGAACGGCUCCAGGAAAGACUAUUGUGGCGAUUGUCUUCGCCCCUGGGGGUGAUGCUGCGCGGCAUCGUUGGCUUGCGUCCACCUGGUCCAUCUCAGAAGGCUUUGACAGAUACCUGAAUACGCCGAAUGCUCGCUCAAGAAGUGCCGCGAAUGAUGUUGCGUUUUGAGCUUGGACUUAAAGCUGCCGCACCAAAGGAGAAAAUGUCUUUGGAAGAAGUGGUUGUGAAAGUGCCAGUUAUGUGGCUACCAGAAUUGCUUCCAAAAUAUUCACUGCCUAGCUUGCUACUGCAUGCCUUCAGCUUGAGGAAAGACCUAAAGCCCCCAUAUUCAAGGCCGAUGUUUGAAUGCGAUGGCCGUCCCGUUAUACAAAAGUAUGAGAGCGGGCCAGAAUCCAUUGGCAUCCCAACUCUGAAACUUAAGGAGAGAUCGUGCUACUUCGCCCCUGGUACUCCAGGUGGUCCUGUGCUUUAUACACCAGACGAAAAUCGGAGCAUUGUCGGCGUUGUAUCCACAGCACAAGCAGGACGCUUGGCUUUCUGCAUGCUUGAUAAGGCUGCACAGACAGCCUUCAACAAGCUCGACAAUUUUGAGUGGUCUCAAUGACCUGCAGAAAUGCACAGUUCAUCUUUUGUUUGAGCUCAGGUAGCCCAUACUUCGCUCUUCUUGACAUUGCACUGCAGCUCUUAUGCUUGAGGUUGCCCAUCUGAAUUGAAAAUCUGCGGGCACGUGAAAGUGGCAGUCACGCUCUCGCAAACUUCGCUUCCCACCCACACAGACGAGCAAAAGGCGAAACACUACACGCUACACUGCUCGUCGACGACAACAGUCAAUCACGUAUAUAUAAACAAUGGCAAAGCGUACCAGAAAGGUCGGCAUCACCGGAAAGUACGGUACCCGUUA